GCGAGGUUUUCAAACAGUGAAGUUUCGACGGGCGUGUGGACACGUCACGCCUAUGCCAUGAAUUAAACAUAAAAUUAAAUAAAAUAAAAAUAGAAGUGCGUUUCAGUCAAACGCAACACUGGACAGCGGUUCUCUGUGAAUGAUUUUUUUUUCAACGCCAUAAGCACGCAUAAUACUUGUGUGAUUAAUGGAUAUGAUAAGCACAGGACAAAAACACUAGCUUUGAAUCAAGGCUUUGAAGAAACUGGAUCAUGGAGAGCUGCUGUCUUCAUACGUCAGUGUUUCAGGGUGAAGAUUUUUAAAAAUCAGCUGGUCUCUGACAAUCACUUUUCAGCAAUUUCUGAGCAACAAUCCAAAAUCAGAGGCCCUUGGUUUUAAAUUGAUGCUUAAGGCUAAGACUAAAGACUUUCACCUUGAUGUUCGCAAGAGAUGUUAGGACUGUUGUAAGUCUAACCGAAGGAACUUUCAAGACAUAAUCAAAUUCAUCAUGCAUCUGGAGGUGAAGGUUGCGUUGAACUUCAUCGUGUCCUACUUGUACAACAAGCUCCCACGCCGUAGGGCGGAUCUGUUUGGCGAGGAAUUGGAGCGUAUCCUGGUGUCCCACUUCGAAGGGCACUGGUACCCUGAGGCUCCUUUACGUGGUUCUGCCUUCCGCUGCCUCCAUCUGGGAGCUCCCAGGGACCCUGUGGUGGAGCUGGCAGCCAGGAGGAGCGGUCUGGACACCGAAGAGGUCCGUGCCAACGUUCCCCCCGAGCUCAGCAUUUGGAUCGACCCUUACGAAGUGUCCUACCAGAUUGGGGAGAAGGGUGCUGUGAAAGUCCUCUACACGGAGGAUCCGCCAGGUUUAGGGGGCGACGGCGAAAGGUUUGAUGUCGCUCUCAAAGGAGACAUGGAGUUCGAGGACGUCAAGAGUCUGGGCUUUAACCCAGAGGCUCAGGUGUUCAUACCCAUCGGUGGCCAGGUGUCGCCGGUCAUGCUACCCUCACUCUCCAGUUCGCCAACUCCUCUUUCUACCUCAUCUUGCCCGGGACUCUUCAGUUACGCCACUCCCAGCACUCCCACCAAUCCCAGCGCUCAUUCAUCCAACACAUCCACCACCUCGCCACCAAGCGCUGGUCUUUUGUACUCCACUCCCAACCCCCGGCCCGCACCUCAGCCGAUCACCUUCACCACAGCCAGCUUUGCCGCCACCAAAUUUGGCUCCACCAAGAUGAAGUGCGGGAACCCCGGAGUUGCUUCUGGUUCUGGCAUUGCCACGGCCCCGCAACAGAGGAUGAUCACGCGCUCCCCCAGCACCAUCUCCCCACCGGGGCUGGUCAGGCACAAACCCCUUUCCCUCUCCAUGCACUCUCUAGCUGGACCCAUCCCAAGCCAGUUGUCUCCUAAUGCCAAAGAGUUUGUGUUUCCCGCUUCCCAGAGGCUCAUCUACUUUGACACCGAAGGUCCGCCAAUGACGCCGUUCCAGGCUCCACACCCACACGCCUCCUUCGAUCCAUUCUCUAGUCUACAACCAGGUCAGGCUGUGGGAAUCAUUGGAGGCAACAGUGGAAUUUCCUACAUGGAUAAACCUCCAUUCGUGGAAGGACUCGGAUACAACCUGCAGUAUUCCGACCAGGCCUUCCAACCUGUGGUGCUGGCCAACUAAAGUCUCCGAGUUGAAGAGAUCCCAAUGCUGAAACACUUUCCUUGAGGACAUUUUUUUCCCCUCCAUGAAUCACUGUUACUACCACCAUGAUAAAUCAAGAGUAUUAUGACUGCUAAUGGAGUAUUACUUGUGAUUGUUACUUUUCCGUUCAUUUGUUUCUCGUUUCAUGAUGAUUUCCAGUCUGAUGUAACCAGCCUCCUGUUGCACAGGUGUUUUUGUGUUUGUUGUUUUCAGUAAGGAGUCACUUUAUCGCCCAAAUGUUUGUCUUUAUAAUCUUUGUUUAAUGCUACUUUUUAAAAUUGAUUCUGGGAAAAAAAGCUAAUAUUCUUAGAGAAGAUUCUAGAUGCCUAAAAGGGAUUUUUGGGAUGGUGUUUAUGUCCAGAAACAUAACGCUCUGGAGAUUACAGCCACAUUAACAGUUCGGUCACACCUCAGUUGUCAUAAUUGAGGAUUAAUGGUAAUUUUAUGACAUGUCCUCUGAACCGACGUGGGUCUUGUGCUCUUGAGCUGAUGAUUAAGAGGCAGCUCAUGUUUGGUAUGUUGGGUUAGCUUUAUGAUUGUCCUUUACAGUUUGAACACAUUGAGCCAAAUCCUGAUGAAACCAGCCAGUGUUUAUACCUGUUUCUAGUGAGUCAGAUUGGGAAUUGAUGUUGUAUAUUUUCAUUCUGGCAGAUCGGGUAAGUUCAGACACCGAAGACGAUUGAUUGCUGGAUUGUUGCGUGAGUCUGAUUGGUUUCACACUUGGGUUCCUGGUCAGAAGUGUGUGAAGGUACUGGUUGGAGCUUUUGAUAAACUGCUGAGUGUCUUUGAAGGAAUAGGACAUGAGAUUAAAGGUCAUUGGUGCGGAGAUGCACAGAUUAGCUUUCCGUCACAGAGACGCGUGUUGAAUUUAGUGCUUUAUUUUUACGUUCCAGAGGUUGUAAAUGGUGGUUUGCAAGAGAUGCUACAGUGAAAAUUGCACUUUGUUUUCUCCGCUCUAGGACUCUGAAUGUUACCUCAUAUUCUGACUGCAGUGGCUGUGUUUUGUGAAGCGUUUUAUUGCGCUAGGAUGGAGGCUGGCGUUCUAGAAUCUUCUUGAAGGUAGGAGCCAAUGCUAGCUUCCUUUGACAUCACUUCCCCCUCAGCGUACUGCCCUGUCCAGCCGCACUGCACUUUACGCACGGAGCUUAUGGAAACUCCCGCAAUGCCUCACAAUAAAUACUAUAUGCUAGAUGCUAAAGGUCCUUUACUCACCCUUUAAUGGCCAAUUAUGACUGAACUAUAGCUUGGUAAUAUAGUUUAAAGAUUGUAUUAAAAAAUGAAGAACUUUCUAAGAUGUUUGGGUGAGACUGUACUUCUUGUGACGUCCUUCCUCGACAUUUGAAAUGUGAACGUCAGCUUCAUGAAUAUUCAGUCGUUUCCAUUGGUUUCAUUUGGGGUGGGCGGGGUUUAGAUUUCUCUAUAAAUGCUAUAUAAUUGUUUGUAAUUUAUUUACAAUUUUUCUAUAUUUUUUCAUGUGUUUUUUCAAAAGAGUUCUCUACGGCAUUUAUAAAGCAAAUUAAGAGAUAUAUAUACGACGAUGACACGAAUAUGUAUAUAUUUCUUAUGUUCAAGAUCUUUUG